ACAUCAUUUGAGCAGAAGAAGAAGAACUCUAAAAAUAUGAUGGCUGAUGUUAUGGAGCUGGAUAUGGUUGGCGGAGUUGAGAUUGAACAUGAGCGCAAUGGAGGAGGAAUUUUGAAUGAGGGAAGAUCCACGCUUCAAAAUUUUGUUUGCGAUAUCCUCAAUUCCAUGACACGCCUGAGUACAGAGCUGAAUUUAGGUGAAGCGGUUUUAAAAAUUGAGGCCAAUCCGACCAAUAUCGGCGUUUCAUCUCUCAAGGCAACGGACGUACUUGCCUCCCUGCAGAAUCACAUCUCCACCCUACAGUCAAUAUCUGUAAACCUGAAGUUGCUGAUGAAGCCGGUUGCAGGUGAGGUACAGAAGAACGAUGUAGGUGCAAUCCAGCCAGAGGAGAUGGGGAGUGUUCCUACUUUCUCACAGCCUGAGGAGGGCAACGUACAGAUCAGGGCAAGCAAGUCAGAGAUUGACAGAAGAAUAUCAGCAUUCAUUGAGCGCAAACAGUUGGAGAUCAAUGAAAACAAUGUGAGGGAGUUCUGCAACGUGAUCGACUGCAAUCAAGAAAACAGCUGUGCCAGAACUGAUGCUGUUUUUACACCUUUCCCUGGGUUCAAAAGCCAUGUUAAAGUGACGAGGGUGGUGAACCGGUAUGGGCCGCAGACGUGGGUGGGCGGACACAGAGAGCUCUCUGGACUGAAGCAGAGCGUUGUUGCCUGUGGAAACCCAGCCAUCGAGGAGCGACUUCAAAACAUCGAGGCACACCUGAAUCUGACUGCAAACAGACCAGUACCCCAGAAUAUUUACCAGAGGCUAAAAUGCAUGGAGGACCGGAUCCUGGAGCUAGAGGGCCUCUCCCCUGAAUACUUCCAGUCCACAGGUAAUCUGCACAAGCGGUCUAAAGCUACACCUUCACAGGCUUACAGCCUGACAGAGCUGGAUAGAAAGAUCAACGCACUCAAGGCCUCUCUACUUAAGAAAGUGAGCGAGACGCGACCUACAGACGCAGAAGACCUCCCCUUUUGACUCAUCAGCUGGUGUAUGCCAAUGACUCUGCAUUGUGAAGGUGGUUGAAGAUGAUGCAGUGACCACCUCCUGCUAUAGCCUUCAUUUAUCCUGUGCUGUCAUACAGUACUGAAAAUGACAGGACAAAAUAAAUUAAGGGAUUUAAAAAUUGUCUCCCAACUGGCCACGAGAAUUAACCCUCACAGGGGGAUAAUUUUCUUGUGUCUGAAUAUUGAUAAGAAUUUAAAUGUAAUUUAAUGUAAAUUAAUUUCCAAAACCUGUUUGGGUUGUGAACAGUUAUUAAAUGGUUGUAAAUGGUUGACCAUAAAGUGUUCGCUCUUGUUGACCUGGUCAUUUAAACACCAACAAAUGAUGCGUCUAGAUGGGCUGAAAGGUCUGUUCUUGGGAUCAACCAUUCUUGUAUCCUCGUGAAAUUAACACAACUUGAAUAAAGAUAUAAAUGUUGAA